AUGACGCCCGCCGCCAAGCUCCGAAUCUUCGCCUUGCUUUUCUUCCUUGCCGCCCCAUACGCCUUUGGGGAAUAUGUCGCCCUGUCUUCCGCCCCUUCCCCCGAGCCCUCAGUCCAGCAGCUCAAUCCAAAACUGUCCGUCCUUUGGAGCAGACCCGCAGUUCCUGAGAAGGUUGAGGAAAAUCCCCCAGAUGGAGACCUGGAGGCACCCCCCAAGCCCUUGGCUCAAAAAAUGUUCCCCAAGAACGUGACGUCAUCGGAGGCCCUGGCCCCACCACUCGGCGCGGCCCAGGCACCUCCGCGCCUCACCGACAUGUGGAUAGACGCGUGCCAGGGUUAUUACGACGUGAUGGGUCAGUUCGACAACUCGUUCAACUGCACCUCAGAUACGUACAUCUACUGCUGCGGGACUUGCCACUUACGCUUCUGCUGCCCCGAUCGUAACCGGCAGCUAGAUCAAAACAGCUGCAAGAACUACGAUUCGCCCACGCCCAAGCCUGACCCCGCUAUUUUGAUCAUAGAAGACCCCGAUCCGGAAUUCGACCCCCUCAAGCAACAGAGCCAUAACACUGGCUUUGUCAUCGGAGGCGUGGUGGUGUUCAUGGUGGCCGUGGCUGUGGGCAUCAAGGUUGUUUUCAACAAAGUCCAGCAAGAGGCCAUCCAGAGGGACCUCAACAUGCCCAGGGCCUUAGUGGACAUGCUGCGACACCAGUCCGCUCCAGUACAGCAGGACGAGAGGAACAACAGCGUGGCUCUAACGGUGGCGGACGGUCAGGGGACACUGGGCCGAGCUCAGAAAAACCUCUACGCUCCAGGACUGCCGAGCAAAGACAACAGAUUGGGAAACCUACAACAUAAUUUUAUAAACACCUCAGGCUCCAGUCCUAAGCACACAGCAACUAUUGAACGCACCCCUCGGAUGAACAACGCACAACUGGCAGCGGGAGGCACCUUGCUCUCCAAUAAACACAACAACACCAAGUCGCAGCCUUCCUUCCACCACUCCCUCCACAACCUAGCCCAGCUGCCUCCCUCCUACGAAAGUGCCACUAAACCCGAACUCAAUAGAUACUCUUCACUUAAACGGCUCGAAAAAGGUCUCGACGAAUACUCGUCUGGUUACUGUACCACCAAGCGGCGGCCUCACACCGCCCAGCCGGCUCUCCAGUCAUCCCAGCACCACCUUCACUGGGGUGGCGACUACACACUAAGUGGUAGAGGAACACUUCCCAGGCACGCGGCCCGACCCUGGAUUCCGCCACCCCCCUCCGGCAUGCCUGCCUCACCAACUCCCAAUCCUUACCCCCUGGAUCCACCGGAGCCCCAGUACAACCCUAACUACGACACUCUCUCCAAACCCAGAAAAGUCAAGUCUAGUGACCAGCUGCUCAACAUGGGUGACGUCCCUGGUAACACAGGGACCCUGUCGCGUCUUUCCAAGAACCAGCAGCACCAGUACUACAAAGCAAUGGCUGCCUCCAAUAAGAACUCCAACACGCAGACCCUCACCCGCAAGACCCAGGACAGGCAAGACAGGCAAGAUAGGCAAGACAGGCAAGACAGGCAUGACAGAUCAGACAGACAGGACCGGAUGCUCAUGUCCCCAGACCACUUGGAAGAGAGAAUGGGCGGUAUGGGGGUCAUGGAUCCGUACUCCCACCCAGGUGGGGGCGUCCCUACACUCCCUCGCCAGCAGAAAGCCCAGUCCCAGCAGAACGUGUGCGCCACUCCCUCCCUGGAUCGGCACCACAUGAUCAAGAUGAACUCUCACCCAACGUCCGGAAGAGAGCAGGAGAGGAACCCGGGAAUGACCGGCCAUAUUAGCGGGGGCAUGGGCUGGGCGGGGGAGAUGCCAGCGGCGGGUGUCGUCAUGGGAACGGGAACCUUAGGGGGCCACAACGCCCGCAGGAUGGCUUUCGCGUCUAAACGGCAGAACACCAUAGAGCAGCUGCAUUUUAUCCCGGGAGGGGGCGGUGGCGGUGGUAGUGCCGGGUCAGGGGGGAGCAGCGGCAGUCAGGGGAUUAGAACGGGGAGCAAAAAUGAGGUUACGGUGUAA